AUGGACGAAAUCGAAGAGUUGCGCCGUUUACUUCGGGAGGAACAGCGUCUACGCGAAGAAGAACAACGCCGCCGCGAAGAAGCUGAAGGAUUGGCAAAGGCGUCAUUGCCACAGACUCUCCAGCAGUAUCUUGAGGCCUGCCACUCGCUUGAUAUCGCUGUUGAUGUCGUCACAGACCGUUCCUUGACAACACAAGGCGACACGACCAACCCAGCCGGCCGAAUAUUCCCUCGCCGCAUCAUACCAUGGGAGGAUUUUCCAGUGAGGCAACAGGAGAUCUGGGAAAGGCUAUCUGUUAGCCCGGGUUUCUCUGCCCAAACGGUGUAUCCGUCUCAACAUCAGUUAUCAUACGUCAAAUCUAUCCUCCAACCAGUUAGUAGCGAAAUUGGUCUCCGGCACUUCGAACGUGAUGUUGUUGAGAAUGCUGUUCAGAAGCUGGUUGACGAGAUCUACAAAGACCCAAUCUUGCGAGAAAGCCUUGGCCUCAAGGGAACCGUGACUUUUGAGAGUCAUACAAACCUCGGGGAGCGUAGCGAUUCAGUUCUUCAAUCCAUGGAACGUAUGUCAAUAAGCGAAAACGUCACCAGUGCCCCGCCAUCAGCAUCGACGACGAAAGCACGGGGCCAAAAGCCACGACGAAGGGCGAAAGGGAAGGGCAACAGGGCAGACCAAUUUUGCAUAUAUAGGACUUCGGAAGGCAGAAAUAUUCCAACGAUUGCUAUUGAAUAUAAGGCACCACACAAGCUGAGCGUUGACGAGAUUACCACUGGGCUUAAUUCGGAGAUCUGGCCGGAACGUGAUGUGAUCAACAAAGAAGGCCAGGACUUCACUUUUCACGCUAAGGCCCUCACCGCUGCGGUCGUCACGCAACUCUUCUCCUACAUGGUUGGCAAAGGCAUUCCAUAUGGCUAUUUCUGCACCGGGCAAGCUUUCGGUUUCCUUUAUAUCCCGGAUGAUCCAAGCAUAGUGUACUGCGCUGCGUGUGUGCCAAAACAAGAUGUUAUGGAUGACGAUGAGAACAGGCUCCAUCGCACGGCUGCUGCGCAGGUAUUCGCCUUCCUUGUCCAGGCUCUGUUGGCUACCCCACCUGCAGAAUCAUGGCACGACGAUGCCGAAAAGCUCGGGCGGUGGGAUGUUGAAUACGAAGAUAUACUGAGUAAAAUUCCACCGUCAGAACGAAAAGGCAAGGAACCUCGUGCAUCGCCUUACAAGCCUCAGCGUUGGAAAGGAUUUACUCGAUCGCCCAUUCGAACCCGCUCCCGCUGCCAACCACCGGUUACGAGGUCAGCGCGUUCGGAAGACGAGGAUGAAUAUGAUCCUCCUUCUCCUACGUUAAAAUUAUCCCACAAGGGCAAGAACCAAGCGCAGUCAGCCGCAACAGAAGGCCAUGCUAGCGGUAAAAGUGCCCAAAAGCGUGAACAGCGCCAAAGUCGUCGACAUCAGCAGGAAAGCAGAAGGCAGGUCCAUAUCGAAGACCGUCUAUAUUGCACUCAACGAUGUCUCUUUGGGUUAGCACAUGGAGGGCCUAUUGAUGAGGAUUGCCCUAACGCGCAUUAUCACGGCAGGGUUCACAUCGCUCAGGCUAAGUUUCUUCGUCUCAUACGCUUCCAGCUUGCAAGAGACCGUGGUCCUGGUGCAGAUUGUAUUUCGCUCUACUUAUCAGGAUCGCGGGGGGCUCUAUUUAAGGUGCGACUGUCGGCCUACGGCUACACAUUUGUGGCAAAGGGCAUGGAAAGAUUCGAUCAGAAGUUUCUAGCUCGCGAAAGCCAAAUUUAUUGCAGACUUCAACCAAUUCAGGGCAAGUACGUGCCAGUAUGUCUUGGUAUCGUCGAUUUAAUAAGCCCAUGCCAUUAUGAUGGUGGAGUCUACACCAGCUUCCUAUUUCUUAGCUGGGCUGGACAAUCUCUCCCUCGAUGUAUUGACCCAGCUAACAAGUUGAGUCUCGUUAAUAGAGUCACAACGGCAUUGAAGGAACUUCAUAGAUUAGGAGUUCUUCACUGUGAUGCCGAGCCCCGCAACAUGUUAUUCGAUCCAAAAGAUGGCAGCGUAAUGCUGAUAGAUUUUGAACGGUCAGAGUUUCGUGGCCGUCAUCCGCUUACAUCCGUGAGCUCGAAUACUCAAGGUCGAAAGAGAAAACUUGGGGUGAAGCACAAGCAAUGUGAGGAUGACUGGGCGAAAGAGCUACGAUCAGCUGCAAAGUUGGUACAUUGCCGGACCACUGCACACGAUAUUCACCUCCAGUAG